AUGCGUAUCGAUAGCCUUCUGUCCAAACGCGAAUGCGUCGUUUGCAGCGGCUCUCCCCCACCCUGUGCCUGCUCCGCCGGUCAGCAGUGUAUCCAAACGUCGACGAGCUGCACGGCAUGUGCGAGCUUCACGUGCGUCGACCCGUCGACGUCCUCGUCCUCCAAGGGCGUCUCGGCCGGUGCCGUCGCGGGUGCCGUGGUCGGCAUCCUCAUCUUCUGCAUUCUCGUCGCCGUCGGCUACCUGUACUGGCGCCGCAAGCAGGCCGCCAAGCUUGCCGCGGCCGUGCCUGCCGUUGAUGAGCCCAAGGACAUCCCCGCGCCCGCAGACACGGUGCUGCGCCGCCCGGACCCGAUGGAGAAGCCGACGCCCAUCUCCCCGCGUAUCCUUGCUCUCUCAGAUGCGGCUCAGCGGGAGAACCCGGUGAUGACGACGACGACGGGCGAGCCGUACGACACCGCCACCACCAUCCUCGAUCUCAACAGCUACGGCCAGGCACACGGGGGAAACUCCCAGCGCUCGUCUCAGCUCCAGCGCGGAAAUCCAUUCGGCGACGACAGGAGUAUCAUGACCACCACAAGCGCCGCAUCUCAGGGUACAAACGUGAUCCCCAUCGCCCUCGACGCCGGCUCUCGUUCUUCCCAAGCCUCGUCCCUCCAGCCGCCUCGCGCUCAUGCUCUCAACAUGGACCAUCUCAACGUAUCCCGUGACUCGUCUGUGGGCAGUACGCAGCAGCAGGGACACGCCCGUCGCAUGUCGGACAACAGCUACAUUACGAACGCCUCCUUCGCCUCUGAUCUUGACGCGGUGAUUAUCACUCAGUCCCAGCGCCAUGUCGUCGGCGCUAUGCGAGCGGAUGCGAUCCCUACGCCGCUUGCAACAGGCUCGUCUGCUGCCGGCUCGUUCGCCCAGAGUCAAGAUCUGCUUCGCCCAGGUCCUGGAAGCAUCCGUCAACCGACGCGUUCGCCGCUUGCAGCGACCAGCUUCGGCCCGCAAGACGUCGUCCGCGAGGCGCCGGAAGGCGACGAAUCUGAAGGCGGGCACGGUGAUCCCUUCCACGAUUCGCACUCGUCGCCUGAGCCGCGCUCGCCCACCCGCUUGUCCCGCGCAACAUAUGGCACAUCAGCGACUUUCGGCACCAACCCUGGUUCUCAUCACGACCACGAGCCCGAGACGUCCGAUGAGGAUGGACAACAGACGGUCUACACACCCGAUAUCUCCGGCGGCGCGCGCCAGCGCCCUGUCAGCAACCUUACGCAGGCGGCCAGUGUGAUUGGCGCUGAACUCGUCGGUGCCAGCCGUGUACAACUCGGCUUCGCUACGCCCGUGCAUACACCCGCAAUGAGCUCUUCGGUCGGCGGUGCGCGCGGGAAGGAUGCCUACCGUCUUACGAGCGCGCGUCUGGUCUCGCCGUCCGCUUUGUCGAAUGUCAGCGGGAGCAGCAAUGGAAGCUCGAAUCCUGGAGGCCACUUCAGCCGCGAACAGGACAGGGCAAUGGCCGAGGUUCAGGCCGCGCGUGCGGCCCAACUCGCGGCUCGUGAGAGUGCGCUGGGAAGCGAUGAGCUCGAACCACCGCGUGUGUUGAACCGCAACAGCAUGAGCACGAUGGCGAGCGGCGUUAGCGUCGGUCGCGCGGACAGCAUUCUCGAGGGAUUCCCCUUCGUGCCGCCCAGCCCAAUAUCCGCGCGUCCACCCCGCUCGCCGACCUCCGCAACCGCGCACAGUCCUUCGUUCGGCCAGAGUAUGGCCAAAGCGCAGGAAGACACACUCCCGCCGCCGCCGGACCGGCGGCAACUGGGCAUGAGCACCGGUAGCGAGAUGAGCAACGUCAGCACCGGCCUCGGUGGCUUUGCGUUCGAGAUCCAGCAGCAGGCGACGAACAGUUUGGGCCAUGGGCUCGGUAGCGAAGAAAGUACGGGAGCGCAGGAGGCGCGACCGAGGGAGAGGAAGGUUGGCGCGGACGGAAGGGUCCGGGCAAGUCUGGAUACGCUUGCGCUCACGAGCGAUCUGGCGAGUUAUCCGUUGGGCUUCGAUCGGAACGGGCAGAGGCUGUAG